GUAAAUAAGAAAAGAAUUUCUCCAUCCUCGGCAUGCCUCUCUUAACUCUGAUCCCUCAUUCCACAUGAUAUUCUGCACCCGUGAGAGCGUGAACUUUACUCAAAUGGGUGACGCAGCCGUUCUCCUUCUCUCCUCCCCUUCGCACUCCAUCCUCGUCUUUGUCCUCGUCGUCCUCAUCGUCCCACGAGUUCUCUUAUGCGAGGGAGACGACGAUGUCCACUAUACUGAAUGCCGCCGCUCUUUUAGUUGCGGAACCGUCGAAAAUUUAACUUAUCCUUUCUGGGGAGGCGGCCGACCCCAAUUCUGUGGACUUGAAGGAUUCAAGGUCGAGUGCUCUGAGGAGCAGCACCCUAUCCUUGAGUACCAAGCGCAAAAGCACCAAGUCCUCAAGAUUGAUCAACAUCUUCGUACGAUGACGAUCGCGAGGAUGGAUCUGGUGGACGGUACGUGCUUGGGCGAGUUUAGGAAUACUAGCAUGAUGGAUUCCACUCUCUUUCAUAUGAGCUCAGCCGUUAAGAGCCUCAGCAUCUUCUACGGAUGUUUGGACUCGUUGAAGAACGUAAGCAACGAGUUCGAGUGCUUCUACAACGACUCCAGGAAGUCGGCUUUCUUCAUGGAUGACAUUUUCUUGAAUAGUCACCCGUUUAACGUCACCAACUGCAUCAAGAGCAUCAAGGUUCCUGUUCUUCAGAGCGCCCUCGAUGAUAUUGGCAGACGCAAUAUCAGCUUGCAAGAAGCUUUGAAUCGAGGUUUCGACGCUCAGUAUAGUGACCAACCUGAGUGCUCGGCGUGCGCUUCUUCUGGCGGGUUAUGCGGUAGCAGCUCCUCUUCUUCAUCAUCUAGUUUCACGUGUCAUUGCCACAACAAACCAAACGCUGGUACCUGCAAUCACCCUGGUACGUUCUUUAGGUAGCAGUCCCAAGUGAUCAUUCUCUACUUCAUUUGGUGGGUUCUUUUCUGUAUCAGCGCAUGAGAUUCUAUUAUCGACAGCGUAGAAUAUGCAUGAAAAUCACUAAACCUUGAGCUGCUGCGGAGUUAGUUUUGAUUAGUACCUCGAAGAUCAUAUGGCCAAUGGAACCUGAGAACUUGUCCAGAGAAAACUCAAUUCGAUUGAAUGUGAUCCGCUUGUUUCUUUUGCUGGAAAUUUGAUGGCGCCGUACUUGUUUUGUCUUCCUCCAUCUAAGAAUAUCAUGCGACAAGAAUGACUUUUCUAUGAUUUUUCUUUUUGGGGCGCCUAGCAAGAGGAAAUUUCAAGUUAGCUACUGCUUGGCCAUCAAUUCUUCAGGGAGAGACUCGUUUUCGCUGACUAGUCACGAAGAUUUGUAUAAUGGGAGGCUUGUUCCUAAUUGUAAUUUAGAGGUCCCUUUGACUAGGAAGUUUCAUGGUUUGUUCCUCAGGAUUUUGUGGGGAAAAGUUUUUGCAAAUUUUCUUCAUUGGGUGUUUGAAUAAUGCACGCAUCAGACGACUUUCUGCCUCGCUUGGUAUUUGCUUCGAAGUUGAAGAACUAGCACAUGACCGUGAUAGGAGUUAGGACCAAUUCAAACCAACCAUUUGAUGUUUCCACAAAUGCUUUCCACACUCUCUCCUACCUCUUUCUCCUUUCCUCUGCAAUCCUCUGCCUCCUUCCUGUCCAAAUGAAUCAUCAAAACUUCAUGUGUGUAGCUAAUUGUCACCCAUUGGUCCUUAUCAUCGUCUUCACCAACUCAGUCUAUCUGGCUCUAUCGGAUGAUGCAUAAUACAAGGCCUGCAUGCCUCGGAACUGCAGAUAUGGGCCAAACUUUAGCUAUCCCUUUAGGAUUUCUGGCGAACAAGAGUCCUAUUGUGGCUAUCCGAAUUUCCAGAUUACCUGCAAAGAGAUAUACCCUGUCCUGACUUUCUCGACGGGGAGUUUAUCAUUGAGGAUAUCUUCCAUGCGACCAAUUCGUUCCUCCUAAUUAAUGCCCCCAUGUACCAGGAAUCCUGUGAUGCUCUGCCACGUAAUAUCAGCCUCUAAAGGACGCCUUUCAAUCUCAGUUCUACUAAUGCCGAUUUCUUCUUCUGCUAUAAUUGCACCUCACAGCCGACAGGUUUUUACAUAUCCAAUGGACUGUGCUAGCAACUCCACCCACCGUUCUUUGCUUUUUUCCCGAGGAAGAAUUUGGAAAUGGAUUACUAUUCUGCCGUCAGCUCCUGCUAUUCUGCAGUUAGCAUACCUGUUUACAUUAAUGCCAAUUUCAAUAGCUUGAAGAAGGGGUUACUAUUGAACUGGAAGGCAAUUACUGCAAUUAAUUGUUAGAUCUUUAUGGUUUAAAUACAUUGAAUAGAGAUGCUUUGACUUUACUGUAAAAUUUUGCAAAUGUUGGGCUAAAACUACUGGUUUCUUCUUGGGCUUUUAUUAUGAACACAACCAAAUGAAAAGAAAAACUAUGUCUCCACAAGUGGUGCUAAAAUCUGAUCAUUUGUGUAGUUGAAAUAAAUUAUUGAUAGAGGUGAACUACGCACUUAUUUAUACGUGCUGUUAAUAAUGUCCUUAAGCUUUUCCAAUUUCUUCGCCUUGGCUUAGAUUGUGGACUCGCUUACUGCUGCAUAGAAAACUCUCCAAUCUCUUGGGUCCCAAGAUAUGUUAUCGGAAUCUCAUAUAUUUUUUAUGUUUCUAUCUUUCUGCAAUAGUUUGCGAGUUAUCAAAUGGGUGUUUACGAUUCAAGAAGCUUGAAAAUUCUUGCCUGAACAUCAGCUGCCCACUUGUUUUAUCCGUGGAAUGACUUCUACUCAAGCCUAUAGGUCCGUUUAGAAGCCAAAAGAGUUGAGACAUGACUAGAACAUCCCACGCAUUCAAUUAGUGCCACAGAAAGUUUAUCUGUCUUCGCCUCUGAUACCACAUUGUUGAUCAUAUUGCAGAGUAUUUGCUACUUCUAUACCAGUUAGAAAUUUUUUUUUCCUGUCUUCCUGUGCAUCCCCUGAUAGCUCUAGUAUUCAGGAUUUUAGCUAAUGUCUAUCCUCGUUAGUCAAUCAGCUACAGAUCCAUUAGCAUGUGCUUUCAAUUUCUCUAGAAAGAUGUCACCAAUUGAUCCACGAAAAGA